AUGGGAAAUUGCUAGUCCUCUAAUACAGUAGAUGUGUUAUGUAAUCAUAAUAAACCUCAUAUUGCAAUAUGUCUUGGUAAAAUAUGCACAAGAGAUGAAGGAGAUAGAAGAUUAUGCGAAGAAUGUUUGGUUGACCAUAUGUGCAAUGAUCGUAUUACAAUAGAUGAUGGUACAUAGUUAUUAUAUAUUGUAAAGCAAUAAAGUUUGAUAGUUAUGGGAUUUAGGAAAUGGUAGAUAAGUUUGAUAGAGAUUAAAAUUCACCUAAUGCAACUGGUGGAUUAACUUAAACAUUAGCAAAUUUUAAAAAUAAUUUUUUUGAGAGCUUUAAAUCAUAUUAAGGAUAUUAUGAUAUCUAUUUGAAUUAGUAUCUACUAUAAGGAAUACCUGAUGCAGAAGUAUUUGGAGAAGCUGCUAGUUAAAUUGUAGAGGCAUUUGAAAAAAAUGAUUUUGGUUAUAUAUAAAAAUAAGGAUGUCAAAUACUACUAAAUACAUAUAAUAAUCAAUAAUUAAUCAAAUAAAUAGUAGGAAAUUUAGAUUCAGCCUCAAAAAAGAUUUCAAUUUAUUAGAGUUAAAUAGAAUAGAAAUUAAGGAAGUUAUAAGAUUUAUUUUUCAAGGAACUUUUGUUAUUACCAUAAAAUACUAAUUCAAUAAAUAAUGAUUCCAUUUUAAAUAUUGAUCCAAAAACAUAUUCAUAUGAAUUUUCAGCUUAUUUAGCAACUGUAGAUGCUAAUAGAACAAAUGGUUAAUUGAUUUCAUUAAAUUGUAGUGAUCAUAAUCAAAAAAUCUAAGUUAUUUGUUGUGAUAGAUGUCCCAAUAAAGAUAUUAGAUUAUGUGGUUAAUGUUUAAUUACUCAUAAAUGCAAUGCUGGAUAAAGAAUUAAAUUGAAAUCUUUUGGUUAGGAUUAAGCACCAAUAAUUGAGGCAGCUAUGAAAUAUUAAAAGAAAGUUAUUAAAUUAAUUAUAUAUAUAUAGAAAUAAGAGAUAUAGGAUGCUAAAACAAAAGUAAAAGCAAUUUUUGAAGACAUUAUGAGAUAAGCUAUAAAGGAAAUUGAAUUGUUGGGAUAAAAUUGUAAAAGAAUUAUGAGUGAAUCUCAAUUAGAUGGAAUUGAUCCUUAGAUUAAAUAAGAAUUACCAGUUUAUGUCAAUAAAUUAAAACAAGUAAAUAUUUAUAUUUAUUAGUGGUAUUUGCCAAUAGAAGUAUGGUAAGUUUAGAUUAAAGAGGUGUGGCAAUAAUUGCUUAUUUGAUUCAACAUCCUGAAAUUAAAAAUUAAUUAGUUGCUUUCGAUGCAUCUAUAAAUACAGUUUAAUUCUUGAAUAAAUUAGUUAUAUAAUUAGAAAAUGUCUCGAAAAGGUUUUUAUAAAAUGUAUCAUAAGUUGAAGAUAGUAUUAUAUAUUAUAAAUUAUAGUUGCAACAUUUGAAAAGAAACCAAGCUAAAAUAUGGAAUCAUCAUAAGUAAAUCCAACUAAUGUAAUGGCUAAUUAUGGUUCUACUCAUUUGGGAAUGAAUUAAUCUUUAUAAAGAUAACCAUCAGCUAAUUUGAAUUUCAAAACAGAUUAAUCUUUUGAAAAUAAAUUAGAUAGUUGUCCUAUAAUUCGAGUGCUCAAAGAUUUUGGAGAUGAUCAAGAUAAUUAUGUGAGUGAUAUAAUCUUUUUUUAAAAUCAUCUAAUAGUUUCAUCUGUAGAUGGAUAGAUAGUUAUAUAUUAAGGGAUUGGUGAAAAUAAGAUUGGUGAAUAUUAAUUUGAAGGCAAAUGUAAUAGUAUAUGUGGAUUUAUAUAUUAAGGGAAAUUAGCUAUUGCUGCAUGGUAAAUAUGAUUGUUUAUUAAUAUAGUAUUGUUAAUUUUGAAGAAUAGAAUAUUGCAAUUGUUACUUUUGAAUAGACAAUAUCUUUUUAAGGUUAAUUAUAAGGACAUACUGAUCCUAUUUUGAUGAUAAAAUAAUUGAUAAAACCUGAAUAUUUAGUUAGUUGUUCUGGAGAUCAUACUGUUAAGAUUUGGGAUACAUCAUCUAGUGGAUUUUUAGAAAGCAUUAAGGCAAAAACUAUCAAUAAUCAUAAAAAGGCAGUUAGAGAUGUUAUUUUAAUUAAUAGUAAUCAACUUGUAUCUGGAUCAUUUGAUGAGACCAUAUAAAUUUAUGAUAUUAAAUCAGAUAGAAUUAUCUAUGCUAUUCAAUGCGAAGAUUGGAUUUAUUGUGUAUGACUUUAACUUAAGUAUAGUUAUAAAACAUUACAGACAAAGCUUUUGCAGCAGGUACUGGUUCUGGAGAUGUUAGAAUUAUUAGUACAUCUAAUUAUAGUGAAAUGUACAGAAUCAGAAUUGCUCCUCAUUAUAUUAAGAGUAUUAUGGUAUUUUCUAAUCCCAAUUAUUUAUUCUUAUCUUGCAAAAAUAGAGACAAUUAUAUCAUUCGUAUAUAAGAAUAUAGACAAAUUGAUUAUAUUACAAAAACUGAAGAAGUCGAUUUUGUUCCUGAAGGGAUUUGUAUUAUUGACAAUUAUAUCAUAUAUGGAGAAGCGAAUUCAGUUAAAAUUAAACAUGCUAGUUGA